GUCCCAACCAAAAUCCUACGUCUCUAGAAUCUGUUUAGUAGUUGCCGACAUGGAUCCAACAAGCAUUGCUCAACUGCAAAAUGAGAUUGCCACGUUACGAGCCACGAACUCUUCUCUUAGCAGACAAAUUCAAAUCCUCCAAAAUAGUCCAUCGUGUCCACGAUUCUUGAAAUUCAAGGAACUGCCUUUCGACAUACGGCACAUCAUAUGGCACAUUGCUUUGACGCUCCCCCAUGUACAUAUCAUAAAAGGCAGAUUGUUUAGUCGAAGCCGGGUCAAUAUCAUCAUGCAAACUUGCAGAGAAGCUCGAGAAGCGGUGCUGAGAUUCAGAUUUCCGUACUUCCAAGUCGGUGUUCCAGGACAGGAAGUUCAUGAAACCAAAAGCUACAUGAAUAUCAGUCAGGAUGUUGUUUGGGUACCUGGUGCAACAAUAUUUUCAUGGUGGAGUAUCGAUUUCUAUUGCUCAAGCUGCCCUCGAUAUCCAUGGUCGCAAAUUCGUCACGAUGCGAAAAUACCUGAGUCAUGCCAAUGUCAACACAACAAGCUUGGUUGUCUCGCUUUGGACUACGACAAAUGGAAGGAAGUCAAUCAAAACUUGGAUUCGCAAGCAGAAAGCGUAGCUGCCAUGUGGAGAGUUGGGGACCUGGCCAGAGUAUAUAUCGUCGUCAACAGCGAUGACGCUGUCGACCCUAUCCUAGAUCCACAUGUUACCUUUGCCGAACCAAGAUCACCACUUCAUGAAUUUGAAUUUAUACAGCGUGACUAUCCAGGCGUCGAAGAUUGGGUCGCACUAUCAGCACGGAAUACCCAGAUGAUGGGAGCCUUCAAGAGACGGCGUAUGUUCCGAAGAUCAUAUUAGAUGAGGAUUGGGAAGACUGAAGAGGAUCUUCAGGUCGACGGUCUAGAUGACCUUUCCGAAUGGAAACUUCCUUCGAUAUACUUUGUAGAAGCACGCUUCACAUCUCAUCGAGAGGAUUGGGGAAUGGUACCAC